AUGAGAGCUGUCACAGGGAUACUUGCUUUGGUGACUGUGCUGCAUGUGGCCGGGCUCUGGCUCUUUAGUCGCGGCUUCCUGUUGAACCGGGUGACGCUUGAGCAAGUGGGGGUGCCAAACGCAGCCGCACCGCCAGCGACACACUCCAAGGCCAUUAUUCUGAUUAUAGACGCGUUGCGGGCUGAUUUCGUCGUCCCACAGCCGCUGGAUUCGCCCGAAUACAGCGAAUACUACCACAACAUCCUCAAACUCCCUGCACAACUAUCCCAGCAGCACCCGGACCACUCGAUUAUCCUCCACACGUACGCCGAUCCACCUACGACCACUCUCCAGCGCAUCAAAGGCGUCAUGACUGGCAGCCUGCCGACCUUUAUCGACGUAGGCAAUGCGUUUAGCGGGGAAUCGAUAUCCGAGGAUUCUCUGCUGGGGCAGUUGAAGCGCGCGCACAAGUCGACAGCCUUCGUCGGCGACGACACCUGGAUGACCGUCUUCCCGGGGUCAUUCGACGAGCAGCUCCCGUACGACAGCUUCAACGUCGAGGAUCUCCACUCAGUUGAUGCUGGCGUUAAAGAGCAUCUCCCCCGCCUCAUGGCGCACGGGUACGACGCGAUAUUCGGCCAUUUCCUCGGUGUCGAUCAUGUCGGCCAUCGCGUUGGGCCGGCGCAUGCCGUGAUGCGGAUGAAAUUGGAGGAAAUGGACGCGGUGUUGCGCCGUGUUGUCGAUACUCUCGACGACGACACUCUUCUCGUCGUAAUGGGCGAUCACGGCAUGGACAGCCGCGGCGACCACGGCGGCGACUCGCUGCUGGAGACCAGCGCUGCUCUCUGGAUGUACAGUGGGCGCACCCCGCUGACGAGCGCAAACGCACGCGCUAACGCUGCCGCUCUCCCCCACCACGGCUCCGUACGCACCACUCAACAGAUCGAUAUCCUCCCCUCGCUCGCUCUCCGUCUCGGUCUGCCGAUCCCCUUCAACAGCCUGGGCGGGGUGAUCCCGGAGCUGUUUCCAACAUGGCUCCUCAGCGCGCUCGACACCACCGCUGACCAGAUCUGGAGCUAUCUGUGCGCAUAUGCGCAGAGCAGCAGCGGCCACGAAAUAGAACCUUUCCUGUCUACCCUCAGGGAGAAGCUGGACGCGGCUAAGCGGGGUGCAGGGGACGCGCAAGUAGACUUGGCGCAGCAGGAGCGCUCACGUUUCUGGAGAAGCAGCAGGCACGACAAGGCCAACACUCACACCCACUCGCACGCGCUCUACGCUGACUUGUUCGCCUCCACGCUCUCCAGCUGCCGCGGAAUCUGGGCUCAGUUCGACAAGACGCUUAUGGCGGCAGGUGUAUUAGUCGUAGGUCUCUCGCUCGUGCUGCUGCUGGGAGUGUACAGCAGGACGGGCAGAGCGGACAGCUGCGUAUGGAUGAGCAGUGCGGCGCGGGAAGCUGCGCGCGUAUUACCGGCGUACACUGCAGCUGCAUUUGUCUUCUCGUUGGCGCUGUUGCGCGGCCGAUGGGAGAGUGUCGUUCUAGCGCUGUGUCUGGCAGUGGAGGGUUUCUCACUCGAGCGUCCCACGCUGCGCACAAUCCUCCACGCCCUCUACACCUCCGCCACUCUCCUCGCCCACCUCGCCGCGUUCCUCUCCAACUCAUACAUCCUAUGGGAGGACCGAGUGGUGCUAGUGCUGCUCCAGACGCCCAUUCUGCUCUCGCUGGUGGGGUGUGUGAAUGCUCCGCAAGCGCGUCUGCAGAAGGUGCUUGGGGGGAGUGCGUUAGUGAGUGCGGUUGCACUGCGCGCUCUCGCCAGCUCGACUGUGUGUCGCGAGGAGUUAGGCGGAUGGUGUGCGGUGACGUUCUACGCAACUGCUUCUAGCUCACUCGCUCCACGCUGGGUGUACGCUGCCCUCCUCCCCGCUGCACUCACCAUGUAUGGCAUCGUGCGCGCCGCACUAUCUGCAACAGCCUCCUUUACCCGCAGCGCUCAGCUGUUUGUCGCGGCGUUCGCUGCCUCUCUCGCUGCCGCCUCGCUUUAUUGGCUAGUGGACGCCGUGGAGUUUGCUGUUUUGCCCCAACUGUCCAAGUACAUCCCUUACUCUACUCUCACCACACUCAAAACUACCCUCGCUCGCUCUAAUAUGUGUUUCGUCGCUAUAGCCGGUGUAUCUUUCUGGUUCUUCUCCGCUUUAUGCGUGGAGGUACGCGAGGAGGGGCAGACGGAGACAAAGACAGAGACAGAGUCGCACUCACACUCACAACCAUCAUCACAACCUCGCCCCACCACGCGCCAAGUGAGUGUGUUAGGAUUCAGCAACAGCUACGGGGCGUACUACCUGCAAUACGCGCUGGUAAUGUUCGCGUUGCUGUACAUACCAACUCUCCCAACUGGGCAGAUAUCGCUAUGUGUAGCGUUGCUUGCACUGCUCGCCUUCCUGGAGCUAAGUGAUGCGCAAAAUGAUGCUGGGGCCCUAGCGAAGCUAAUCCGACGUCCACAGCGCUACAAAAAGGGAGCAAACGGUGCAAUGAGCACACCACCCACCCCUUCACCGCCAUUCUGGCGUGCGGCUUGGCUGGCUCAACUUGGUCAUCUCGUUUUCUACGCUACCGGCCACCAGGCUGUACUGAGCACACUGCAGUGGAAGGCGGCGUUUGUGGGUUUCCCUACACUGUCUUAUCCUUAUGCGCCUCUCCUCGUUGGUGCGAACACCCUCGCUGGAUUCGUCUUGCCGGCUACCUUCCUCCCUCUGCUCAUCUACUGGAAGAGGGCGCCGAGAGUGAAUGGGAGCGCGCCGUUGGAUACACAUCUCUUGCGCACCGCUUGCGCUUUCCUGGCUUAUCACUCAGCUAUAGCUCUCGCGGCCAUGGGGGCAGCGGGAUACUUCCGUAGACAUCUUAUGGUGUGGAAGGUCUUCGCUCCUCGCUUUAUGCUCGCGGCCGUCGCCCUACUCGCCUCGGAUGGCGCUCUCCUCCUCGCUGUCGGCGUCGGUGCUGCUGUGACGACGAACAAGGUGAGCCGGGUGUUCAAGACAACGACGACGUAG